CCGGGCCCCUGGUGAUGCUGCAGGACCCUCAGAAAGAGCCACAGGGGCUCAGGACCCAGAAGCAUGAGGCUUGAUGGAGGAGAGACAGCUGUUCAGUCGGGAGAGACCCUGCUGCCCGUGCCCAAUGGCAGCGCGCCGAGCCGGGCGCUGGAAGGCUACUGGCCCGAGAGCCCGGAGCGGUCCCCGUGCGUGGCUGGCGUCGCCCCUGUCAUCUACUACAGCAUCCUGCUGGGCCUGGGGCUGCCCGUCAACCUCCUGACCGCCGUGGCGCUGGGCCGCCUCGCCGCCAGGACCAGGAAGCCCUCCUACUACUACCUGCUGGCACUCACGGCCUCGGACAUCGUCACGCAGGUGGUCAUCGUGUUCGUGGGCUUCCUGCUGCAGGGGGCCGUGCUGGCCCGCCGCGUGCCCCGGGCCGUGGUGCGCUCGGCCAACAUCCUGGAGUUCGCUGCCAACCACGCGUCCGUCUGGGUCGCCGUGCUGCUCACGGUCGACCGCUACCGCGCCCUGUGCCGGCCCCUGCGCCACCGGGCUGCCUCGUCGCCGGGCCGCACCCGCAGGGCCGUUGCCGCGGUCCUGGCCGCCGCCCUGCUGACCGGCACCCCCUUCUACUGGUGGCUGGACAUGUGGCAGGAUGCGGCGCCCCCCAGCACGCUGGACGAGGUCCUCAAGUGGGCCCACUGCCUCAUCGUCUACUUCGUGCCUUGCGGCAUCUUCCUGACCGCCAACUCGGCCAUCGUCUGCCGGCUGCGGCGGCGGGGCCCGGGGGCGCUGCGGCGGCAGGUGGGCAGGAGCACGGCCAUCCUCCUGGGCGUCACCACGCUCUUCGCCCUCCUCUGGGCGCCCCGGGUUUUUGUCAUGCUCUACCACCUGUACGUGGCGCCUGUCCACCGGGACUGGAGGGUCCACCUGGCCUUGGACGUGGCCAACAUGGCGGCCAUGCUCAAUACCACAGUCAACUUUGGCCUCUACUGUCUGGUCAGCAAGACUUUCCGGGCCACUGUCAGAGACAUUGUCCUCGAGGCCCGCCUGCCCUGCGCCCUGGGGUCACGGCCUGAGGAGCCGGCCCUGAAGCCUCCAGGACCCCCCACGGGGGCAGAGUCGUAUGGGAGGGGCCGGCCAGGGACCCGGGAGUGGCUCCAGGCCACACCGGCCAGGGAAUUUUGUGGUUGUGCCUGCUGA